AUGGCGUCGCAAUCUGAGCUCGAACCUCUUUCACCCAACGAUUACGGCAUUAGACGGCCGCUACAAUCCCAAUUUUCACAAGGAUCAAGUUCGGUUGGUGCAGACUCGUGGAGCUUUUGGCGUCGACGUCCGAAGAAAGCAGCACCACUACGACAAAACGAUGACAAUGGAUCACAAAAGGGCUGGAAGCCGCUGUCCAUGGACCCGGCCAUUUUAAUGCUGCUUACAAUAUUGACGCUUCUCAUUGCCGGCGCAGUUGAAGUACUAGCACAAUUUAGCCAAGCCAAGGGUGGUCUUGCGCUGUCACGAACCCAAGAUGAGAUCCCGCAGUAUGCGAUGAUCAGCUAUCUCUAUGUUCCCAACAUCGUUGCUGUAUUAUACAGUCUCAUAUGGAGCUGGGUAGACCUCGACGUCAAGCGAAUGCAGCCAUGGUUCGAGUUAUCCAAACCCGAGGGAGCGACAGCCAAAAACUCCAUGUUUCUUGACUACCCUUACGACUUCAUUGCUACGGUUCCUGUCAAGGCUGCCAGGAGAAGACAUUGGCCUGUAUUCUUUGCUGGAACAGUGACGGUGGUCAUCUUUUGGCUCAUCACUCCCCUCCAAAGCUCCAUUAUGGGAACUGGCUUUGUCAAUAAGACAGAACCGGCAAUAUUAGCAACGAGAUCAUCCAUGGUUCCGCUCGCAGAGCAGGCGCCGCUCUUGACCAACGAAAUCCUCAACACAGCAUACGCCAUAGAAUGGCUUGGCCAAUCUUUCCCCCCUUUCACGACCCCCGAUUAUGCAAUACUUCCGUUCUAUAUCGAUAAUGAUCCGGGCGCGUCCCAACAGCAGCUAAACUGGACGGCUGAAACAACGAAGCUGUGGACUGAGCUCGAAUGUUGGCCAGCAAAAUACUGGCUAGGGACUUCUAAUAACGUGGAUUGGUACUUUGAUAAUGGCCAGGGCUGCACUGCCAUCGUCGAAUUCGAGUUAGUCGCAAACCGAAAUGUCACCAUAGAUUACAUCGGAUACCAUACCAGCCCCUACGCGGACUGGAACUUGGAAGAUCCCCAUCAUUGUCCCCCCACAGAAAACUCGACACACCAGUUUCUCGCCAUUUGGGCAACGGAUAUUGUCCCCUCCCACAAUAUGCGGAACGGUUCCGUCAUCCCUGAAAUGAAUAUAACGGCUCUUUACUGUCAGACAUCUUAUUACAAGCAGCAAGUAAUGGUCACAGUUGUUACAGAUGGCUAUAAGCCGCAAAAUUCCUCUAUUCAGCCUAUAUCGCCUCCAGAAACUCUCACUGAGAAGGAAUUCAACUCGACAUCUUUUGAGUUCCUGAUUUUCGCAGGAAUGCCUUUGGAACAAUUGUUGGUCACUAAGCGAGAUUUUCCUUUUGAGUCGGUCAUGCAGCUGGGUAGUCGGAUAGACAAAACAUGGUUGACAACUCCUGUCAAUUCCGGCAUGGUCGGAUAUGCUCUUGACGGCCGUAACGAACCAGCAACUCCAUAUAGCGAUCCGAAUACUCUCCAUGAGGCAUUCGAACGCGCCCAUAAAUUUCUCUUUGCUAUUACUGUAAACCGUUUGCUCUCUAAUGAGACAGGUGUGGGUAAUAGCACGGCCAUUUCUUCGUUUCAGCAGAGCGGCAUCAUUGUCAGCAGAUUAUUUUCCGCUAUUGUCGAAAGCCUCCUCCUCCUUGUGGCAAUUUUUACCAUAAGCCUUUUGUGGAUUUGUCACAGGUCCACGAGCUACCUAAACUCCAACCCAUCUUCCAUCUCAAGGCUCGUCGCGAUAUUCAGAAACGGAUCAGAAACGAACGAGCUGUUUCGUCCAGUUGACCACGCAGAUGAGAAGUCGCUGCGGGAGCUGUUCCAGGACGACAAAUUCCGACUCACUCGAAGCGAUAGCAAGGAUGCAAGAAGCUUAUACAUAGAAAAGGUUGAUAACCUUGAGCAAGAACAUGGUGAUAAACGGUUUGACAAGCCCACUGGCUAUUAUGAGCCUAUUCGACCGACGGCUUUGCGGAGAGAGAUGGGAUUGCUCUUUGGAGUAGUACAGAUUGGAGCUCUUGUCGGCAUUGUAUAUCUUAAAGCUCAGAACGAUCGACAAAAUGGCCUUAUUCGCCCAUCUUCCAAUUUCGAAGUGCUGCAGAUUCUCGAAAACUACAUCCCUACUGCUUUCGCUACCUUCUCGGAGCCUUUUUGGGUUCUGCUCAAUAGGUUCCUUUGUCUUUUACAGCCAUUUAGGACCAUGUCGAAAGGACGAAGCGAACCCUCCAAGUCCAUCGAAACAACAUACACGGCACUCCCUCCUCAGUUGGUGACAUGGAGAGCGCUCCGAGCGCGGCAUCUAAUGCUAGCCAUGAUAUGUAUUAUUGCUCUGCUAUCAAAUGUUCUCGCCGUAGGGCUCGGUGCGCUCUUCAAUGAGGAUCUGACAACGGCCAACUACACGGCUACUUUCACUCCGAAUGUCGCUCCACUGUUCGAUAACCAAUCUACGUCUGAAUUUACAAAAGACGGUGCAACCUUUCUACAAUUUGCAUACCUCGCCAUGGCGAAUAUUUCUUCUGGAGCCCCAUUGCCGCCUUGGACAACAUCCGAUUACUUCUUCCAAUCAUAUACAGUUGAUAGCGGCAACGAGAGCAAUAGCAGCAGUACUUAUCGAGUACCGACUCGCGGUUUCAGCAUCAACGCAAACUGCACUGCCGUACCAUCAUCGGAACUUACAGUUACAUUUCCUAAUAACACUUAUAUAAGUUGUGCAAACAAUAGCUCCGACAUUGUCAAGCUCGCCAAAUGGGAAGUCCAAACGAGUCAAAAUAUACCCAGUCAACAAUCAGCCUUUGAAAACAGCUUGAUUAUGGAUCCGGGUAUUGCUUCCUACAACUGCAGUAGAACCAUCACGUUUGGCUGGGGACGAAAAUCACAAACCGUGGGCUUGAACCGCACUAUGGAAGGAAGUUUUGCUUUUUGUCAGCCAUAUUUGCAAACGGCAAUGUUUGAUGUGCGCCACGAUUCAGAGGGCAAUGUCUUGGCAUACGAACGAACAAGCGAGGUUUACAUGCACUUGGAUGGUGAAGAUCAGGGUGUGCAGACAAACCGGAUGAUCUCGCUGAUGAAUAAUAUGCUGGGCAUCCCUGGAAACUGGCAUAAUGACACGCUUACGAGAGAUAUGAUGAAUUAUCUGUUAGCGAUAUCUCUCGACUCGAGAGACUUUCUAGACGCAGAAAAGCCACCGCCCGAUCCUAAUGACCUAAUACCGACAAUCGAGAAACUAUACCGAAAGCUAUUUGUCAUUAUUCUCGGCGCCAACCUAAAGCUCUUUGUCCCCGGAGACAAGACCCUCUCAGUAACAGGCCAGAAGCUAACAGAUGAAACACGAAUAUUCGUCGACCAGAACGCAUUCAUCAUAAGUGUCACCAUUCUAGGCCUCAACAUCAUUGCAGUCGCCAUCUUCUACUCCCGCGGCAUCAUGUUCAACCUCCCUCGCGUGCCAACAACGAUUGGGUCGAUCCUCGCAUUCGUUUCCGCAAGCCACAUUCUUCUUGACGAUGGCAAAAAGUUAUCAUCAUCAGGAGAUACCAAGGAGGAAAAGACGUAUAGUUUCGGACGAUACAUUGGAGUAGAUCAGAAGGUGCAUCUGGGUAUUGAUAUGGAUCCACAUGUUGCAUUGGUUGAUCCGGCGUCGUUGGAAGAGAAGAGGUCUUUUGUAUAUAGGAUAGUUCCCAGUGGGUUGAGGAAGAGAAAAGAUAUUGGGCCGGUGAGUGAUAGCACUUGGCUAUGAAAGAGGAUUACUGGUAGAAAUAGAUCACAGCUAGAUCAUGACGAAUUAAGGUAUUUGACUAAAUUGA